AUUCAUUCCUAUUUCUAAAUGUCCUCUUAGUGCCGACAUGUGAAAAAGAGGAAAAAAGUCUAGGAAUCUAAAACACAUUUUAUAUAUUUUACGUUUCCGAAUUAACAUAAAUAAAAAUAAUGCGCAAGAACCGCAUGCUGGGAAUAAACACGGCGGAUUUUGAAGCGUUGGAUAUUUUAGGUGAUAAUUUUGAAAAUGGCCAACCGAGGAAUUUCCAGUUUUCAGAAAAAAGUCAACCAAAUAAAAGAAAUUCCGGGGACCAAAUUAUCGUUGCAAAAUAUGCAACUUAUUGUUUCGACAGGCGUUCCCACGUUAGAUUACUUUCUCGGUGGUGGACUGACAGUUGGAACCAUUCUACUUAUAGAAGAAGAUAAAUAUGGAAGAUAUGCAAAAUUACUCAUGAAACAUUUUUUAGCAGAAGGUGUAACAAACAAUCAUUCAAUUUUAUUAGCAUCUGGAGAUGAAUCUCCAAAAAAGAUUUUGGAGGACCUUCCUUCUCUUAUUACUCAGAAGAAAGACAGUAAUGCAUCAGAAUCAGUGUAUGAAAAUGAGAUGAAAAUUGCUUGGCGAUAUCAGAAUUUACCCCAGUUUGGAAAGUCUUCUACUGGUCAUCAGUUCUGUAAUCAGUACAACAUCAAUACAAAAAUGAAUCAUGAAGUAAUAUCAAAGUGUUCUCCGACAACAAUAGAUAUCUCUUCUGAAAAUGAAUCGCCACCUGAAGAUAAUUCUCAGUUUUUAACAGCUUCCUGUUUCAAAAUAGCAAAUCGCCUUCAAACAAUGAUAAAAGAUGGAUUAUUUAGUACAUCUCAGUCGUGUUCACAAAGAAACAUAUUAAGGAUAGCAAUACAUUCAUUAGGAUCACCAUAUUGGAAAGAAGAGUACUCGAAAGAAAGAUGGGAAACUGAUAUACUUAGAUUUCUCUAUUUAUUAAAAAGUAUGAUGAGAUCGGCAUUUUCAGUCGCUGUUAUCAGUGUUCCAGUUAAUUUACUUCAAAACCAUGUUUUGUUGGAAAGGAUGCGACUUAUAUGCGAUACUGUGAUAAGGUUAGAGGGAUUUGAUUCCGCAGAAGGUGAAAUUCAUCCUGCUUUUAAAGAUUAUAAGGGUCUUCUACAUGUGGUCAAAGUACAUCACUUAAAUUUAUUAAAACCUCACAAAUUAGACACUGAUGAUUUGGCUUUUUGUUUCCGGAAAAGGAGUUUAAUAUUUGAGAAAUUUCAUCUUCCUCCUCUGCUUGAAGAGGCAGCAAGUCGCAGCCAAGAUACAAACAUUAAUAAACUUCAACUGGGUUGUAGUAAAAACAUCAAAGGAAGAAAUAUUGAAUUCUGAUAAUGUACAGAAUUGAAUGUUUAAGCCCACCAGUAGCAGAGUGAAUAAAACCACUUAACACUGAUCAUAUAUUUGCUUCUCAUUGGAGGGCUGACCAUAUGGCAUUUUCUGGCUUUUCUUUGUGUUGAGCACCUAAAUAGGGACCAAUUUGUUUUGCAACACAAAUUUCAUAUAUUUUAGGGUACUACAAAGUCAAAUUAUGCAGUAUAGUUAUAUGCAAGUAUGCAUGUAUUUUAAUGCAAAAAAAAAAAAAAAAGUUAUAUUUAAUGAUGGAAACAUCAAAAAAUUAUUUCAAAAACUUUAUAAGAUAUAGAGCUGUUUGUAAAUUGUGUGGUGAGUAUGCAGAUAAUCAUUAUAGUAUAUUACAAGGGAGUAGGGAUGUUUAAAAAAUGUUACACAAUGCUAAGGUCUUAAUCCUCGGAUAACAGAAUGAUUUUCUUUUCAACGCUGCAUAAUAAAUCGUACUGUUUAUGUCACUGCUAUGUUUGUUACACAUUUAAUUAAUAAAAUAAUAUAAUGGUUGAUACCUCAUGCUAUGUAUUAUUCCUUAUUAUAAUCAAGGGUGUUGAUUGGAGAUAUGCAUUACAUAAUUUUGGGUUGGGUAUGUGUGUUGGCAUUAUGGAAUAUUAUAGGGGCAGAAUGAUAGUUGCAAAAAUAUUAUGUAAACUUAUGGAUGAUUUCAUAGUCUACUACUAGUAAGAUAGGCUAUAUGCAACUCAAUGAUAAGUAUUUAUGUACAGUAUCUGAACAUAAAAAAAGUACAGAUGGCCACAAAUUUUUCGGCUCCAUAUAAUCUUAUGGGACCUGUAUUAAUUUUUUUAUGUUGAUAUAAAGAAAAUUUCUAAAUAAUGCAUUUAAAUUAUGUAACAUAACAUAAAUUUUCUUUUAUAAUGUGUCCUUAAAUAUUAAUAUUAGGUAGAAAAGUGAUAUUAUUUUUGUACAAAAUAUCAUUAUUAUUUCUAUUUACUUAGAUUUUAGACUAGGAGCACUACAUGACUUUGUUCUGUUGUGAUAGAUUUGAGGCAGAGUAUUGCAUUUUUGUAAUUAAAAAUUUCAUAAUUGGUAUUAGUAUAUAUAAAUUAUCUUUUGCUCCAUCUAACCUGACACACUGACAUGUGUUUGAAUGUAUAUGUAAGGAUGUAUGUGAUCAGAAGGAAAUGAUUAUUGGUCACAGGAGAAGGCAAUCCUUGUACGGUACAUCCAAGAUCAAACAUGCUUGUUCUAGCAAUCUUGUAUCUCAAAAACAGAGACAUGUAGUUCAUUUCUUAUUACAUUUCUGGAUUCCUCAUCACAAUUAAUGGAAGAUGGCAAAGUUUAAUCAAACUUGAUCGAUUACAGAUCGAUCAUAGUAUACAACUUCCGUCAAUGCCUCUGUAGUGUAUAUCUUAAGGUUCAAAAAUAUUUACUUUAGUAAAUAUACUUGUGUGUGUAUACAGUAUUGCCCAUGAGCUAUUUUUAUAUAUUUGUAACUUCUGUUUAAAAUCAUG